AUGUUAGCUGUCAAUGACACCAAAUUCAACUACGCCAUGUUCCUUCUCAGUGGGAUAACUGGGCAGGAAGACAUCUAUCUCUGGAUCGCUGUCCCCUUCUGCUUAAUGUAUGCUAUUUCCAUCGUAGGAAAUUCAUUCAUUGUGUUCAUUAUAAAAACAGAUCCAAACCUCCAUGAGCCCAUGUACAUUUUGCUUUCCAUGUUGGUCAUCACAGACCUUAGCUUAUCGAUAGCCACCAUGCCAACAAUAUUGGGCAUAUUCUUGUUUAACUCCCGGGAGAUCAGCCUCGAUGCCUGUUUUGGUCAGCUGUUCUUCAUCCACGCACUUGGUAAAAUUGAAUCCUCUGUGUUGUUGUUGAUGGCUUUUGACCGCUAUGUUGCCAUUUGUAACCCACUGAGAUAUACUUCCAUCUUGACCCUGUCCAGGAUAGCCAAGACAGGGGUAGUUUUUUUGUUAAGAGGGGUGGCUAUCAUAUUCCCUCUGCCCUUCCUCCUGAAGCAGUUCCGAUACUGUCGAACCAAUGUCCUCUCCCAUUCCUACUGCCUGCACCAGGAAGUCAUGAAGUUGGCUUGUUCAGAUAUUAGUGUCAACAGUGCCUACGGCUUGUUUAUUACACUCUCCACGGUGGGGUUGGACUCUCUGCUCAUCCUCUUGUCUUACGUGAUGAUCCUCAAAACAGUGCUGACGGUCACAUCUCGCACGGAGUGUCUCCGGGCCCUAAACACCUGCGUCUCCCACCUCUGCGCCGUCCUGCUCUUCUACGUACCAGAGAUCGGCUUGCCUGUGAUCCACAGAUUCGGGAACAGCUCCACUCACUUGCUUAAAAUUCUCCUGGGCUAUGUCUACCUGCUGGUUCCACCCUUGAUUAAUCCAAUCGUGUACAGUGUAAAAAGCAAACACUUGCGUAUGAGGAUAAUGAGGAUACUGUUCAAGUGA